AUGCAUAUCACUGCUAAAUAUUUCGAUAAUGUGUAUGAGUUCGAUGUAGAGCCUUCGGACUGGUUGCUAUCUUUGAAAAAGAAGAUCUCUGCGGUAACUCACUUGGCUACUGACGAAGUUCAAAUUAUGAUUGGUGACAAGAUUCUGCAUUUAGAGAAGAAACUAUCUUAUUAUGGUAUUGAAGAGGGAACUGAACUGUACGUUUUCAAGAAGAAGACUGUUUAAAUA